AUGGCUACAAAGUUGAUAAUGUUUGCCGCUUUGUUCGGGCACUUGGCCUUUGCUUAUCCACCCAUUGAGUACAAAAGCUACGACGCCGACCAUCACUACGACCACGCUGCACCCAAGCCAUAUCAUUUCGAGUACGGUGUGAAAGAUCUUCACACGCACGACAUCAAGAGCCAGCACGAGUUGAGCGACGGUCACGGUAACGUCAAAGGAUCGUACCGUCUCGUGGAACCCGACGGUUCCACCCGCGUGGUCGAGUACACCGCUGACCACGAACACGGUUUCAACGCUGUUGUCAAGAAGAUCGACGCACCCCAUUACCAAGGCGACUACUCUGCACAAACAGCUGACUACCAUCAGCAACAUCACGAGUUACUUCAUCCGUACGAUCAUUCGACGUACGACAAGUUUUACUGA